AUGUCUGUAGAGCGGAGGCUACGGGGCCUCCUUGCCUCGCUUGCCACUAUCCCCACCCCCGACCGGUCUCCUGCCUCCCUCUCCGAGCUCAACACCCUUAUCACUCCCUUGCUCCUGGUCGCGCCCUCGUCUAUCUCCCUCCCCCUGCCGCCCACGGGAGAGACACUGACGGCAACGGCUGCGGCGGGCAACCCGCAUUCGGCUGCUGCAAACACCACUCAGGAGAAGGUCGGUGCUCUGGAUGGCUUGCCUGCUGCUCGUGCUGCUCGUGCUGCUCGUGGUCCAGGUGCAGGCGGUGGAGGUAGCACGGCUGCUGCUGCUGCUGCGGCGGCGGCGGCGGCUGCUGCUGCUGCUGCCACCCAUGCACUGAGGCCGAGCAUUGCGUUGGAUGUCUUUGUCGAGGCUGCAGGGCUGUACAUCGCCUUUGGUGAGUAUGCGCAUGCUCAGUCAUGCCUCCUCACCUACUUUCAGUCGGAUCCGCCCACCAACAAGUUUCUGGCCAAGGCACACUUUCUCCAGGGCGAGCUGCUGGUUGUUCCGGCGGUGGAUGAGCCCAUCCAUGGCGAGCGCCUUUCGCUCACCGUUUUAUCGGGCCUCGCUUCGGUCGUCAAGGGCUUUGACCUUGGCCUCACCUCGCCCCGCUACCACUUUCUCCUCUACAACGGCUCGGUCUACUGGUGGCGACUCGCCCGCCCGCUUGUGGUCCCGGGCUUCCGCCACCUGCUCCUCCCCUCCGCCGCACACAUCGUCGAGGGCCUCGACGCUGUUGACGAGCCCGAUCUCGCCUGGCGCGCCCGCCUCAUGCACCUCCUCGCCCUCUGCCACGAGGACAACAACGACCGCGCCGCCGCCCUGCACACCCUCUCGCGCGCCGCCGCUCUCGCCGACAAGGCCGCCGCCACUGAGCGCGCCGCCAUUCUCUCCAAGUCUGGCUCGCCGCCGUCGACUCCGUCGCUCGCCCGCUCGUCGUCAGCCCGCGGCCAACGCACAGGGCGGGCUGCCCGGGCCGCCACCCCACCCAAGCGUGCUGCGACCAAGCACGGCCGCCAAGAUUCACCGUCGGCCACCGUCCCAGACACUCCGGUUCUCGAGCUCUGCAGGCUCAUUUACCGCACCCAGAUCGAGCUCUCGCCGCCGUCGGCCGCUGCCAACCUGGAAAAGUCUGCUACUUCCUCGGCCGCUUCGUCAUGGCUCACGGCCUCGCCGUCGACACCCGCCGUCCUCAAGGCCCUCGCCCGCGUCGAGCUCGUCAUGUCCUCGCCCGAGCCGCGCGCCAGCCUCAAGCUCCUCCACGAAGCGUUUUCUCUCCUGGUAGGCGCGCCCAUUCCGCCGCCCGCCGCACCGACCUCCGAGUGGCCGACCGUCCCGUCCUCGCUCUCGUUCCCUGGCCAGGUACUCCUCGGCGAAGUUGGUCUCCUCGCCGUCUUCUACGGCGACCUGCACGUCGGCCGUGUCGCCGCCGCCGCCGCCCACCAGUCGCGCAACCUCGGCGCCCGUAUCCAAUCCGAGUACUCGCUCGCCAUGCUUCGUGUCGCCGACAUGGGCCCGGCUCAGUUUGCCUUUUCCAAGGACAUGGUUGAGACCCGCGUCGAGUCACUUCGCAUGCUCGAGCAGGCGCUGCACUCGGCUACCCGCCUCGGCAACGCAGGCAUCAUCGAGGCCGGCGCGGUCUGCAUCUGGAACCUUGUGCUGCCGCUCCUGCAACCGAACCUUCGCCACCUCGCUCAUCGCCCCAUGCACCUCGCCGCCACCGCUCUCGCGCGCAUCUCCUCGCCGCUUCGCACCCUCAUGUCUGACCUUCACACGGAGCUUGCACACUGUGAGAUUGCCGACGACAUGCUCUCCAAGGCCGCCAAGCACGUCGCCAAAGGCCUGGCCGCAGACCUCGUCGACCGACAUGCUUCGCGCAUCCUCAACCCGCUGGCCCACAAGCUCCGCCUCCGCACCAACAUCUACGAUAAGGUCUCGUCGCCGCUCGACGAAGCCACCCUCCUCCAUGAGCAGGCGCUUCUCACCCGCGACCCCACCCUCGCCUCCAACAUCCUCCUCUCGGCCAUGCAGUGCCUCUCCGACUUUCGGCCCGACCACGACUCGCCUGACCUCCACCACACCCUAGCGCUCUGGGGCAAUCUCGCAAAGACCGCCCGCGCCUCGCACCUCCAUCAGGCCGCCUAUGACGCCGCCAAAGCUUACCUCAAGCUCGCCGGGGAGGUCUCCUCGGCUGCGCUCGCCCGCCACGUGGCCCUCCUUCCUGAGCCGGUCACCGCCGCAGACCUUGCUCUCCCACUUGCCUCGCGCACCGCUGCGGCCCCGAGCCGCGACGCUGCACCGUCGCCGGCCUCGCCGUCGCGCUCAUCGGCCCGCGCUGCUGCGGCCCUCCGCUCGGCUUCGGACGAUGCCCUCCACGAUUCGUCGUCACACCUCCCGAUCCCGGUGAGACUCACCGCGUCAGCAACCGAGCUCGACGCCGCGUUGGCGCCUGUCCUGGUCCCGGCGCCCGAGCUCUCGCUCGCCACCUCACUCGCCACGCCGCCUCCGGCGCGCCCUGGCUCGUCGGGCCGGACACCGCAGGCUCCGAGCCAGACCGCAUCGCCGGCCCGCGCCAGCUCCAAGCAGUCGGCCUCGUCCGCUGCCAGCCACUCGCCGCCUUCGGCACUGAUGCCUGCGGCGAGCGUGGUCGGGCCAGCACCGCGCCCGCCGGUAACCCCAGUCGCCCGCCCGGUUACCCUUCAGGAGGAGGACGCGCUCCGCCAGCGCGCCGCCGUCUAUUGCAUCCUGGUCGAGGCUGCCAUCGCCCUGCUAGAGGCUUCCUUCCGAGUCACCGCCCGCGACAUUCUCGCCCUCGAGGUCUCGCCUGGCGACUCGCCGUCGGCCAAGCCAGUCCUCACCGGUAUUGCGUCGCGAACUGCGUCGGUCCUCGCCUCGGCCGACCUCACCCAGCUCGCCCGGCUUGUCACCUUCCGCGACGAGAUUGUUGCUUCGCUCACCUUUGCCACCCACAUCGGCAUUGUGCUCGGCGACCCGGUUGUAGCCUCGAAUGCCGCCAUCUACCUCUGGAACCACUUUCUCCCGAUUUUUGACGCCGCUGCCAAGCUCUUUUCCCGCGCCGAGUCCAUCGCCCGCGACUCGCCGCCGCCGCCGCUCGAAGCCCGCCGCAUGCUCGCCUCGGUCCUCGACCCGGUCCUCGCCCUCCUCGCCAAGGACGUGCCCUACUGGGGUGGGCCGGACUCAGACCCGCCCCCGCGCCUCCCUUCACUCGCUGGCAUCAUGGACCCGUUUUCGAGCGCGUCGUCGGUGCUGUCGAGCCAGCCACAGGCCAGCACACCUCACCCUACAAGCGCCACUCACUCGUCGUCCUCGCUCGACCAGCCGCCGGCGGCCGACACCCUCGGAUAUUCGGUCCGUGGCCUUGACCUGCUGCCUUUCCUGGCGGGCUCGACAAACACACCGCCGCAGGCUGUCGGCCUUCUCUUUGCGCAGCUGCACGUCCUCGUCCGCCCGCUCUACGUGGCCUACGCCGGGCUCGGCGUCAUGACCCUCCCGUCGUCGCCGCUUGCCCGGCGCAUUGCGUCGCGACCCUGGCUCCGCGCGCCCGAGCCGCGACUCUUCCACGACAUCUCCAACGCUCUCGCCCAUGCGCUCUUUGCCUCGGUCGGUCUUGCUGCUGCGCCGCUCGCCGACGCUCUGCCCGUCUCUCUCGCCACCUCGCUCUCUGCAUUUCUUCCCGCAUCCAAGACGUACGUGGACGUGGCGCGGACUCUCCUCCGCGCAAACAUGCCUGUUGCCGCUGUCGAGGACGCGCAAACAUUGCUCUCUUCGCUCGUUGUUGCUCGCCGGCUAGCAAGCUCCAACGAGCCGCUUGUCGACGCUCGAGCACCCAACAGUCACCCGUUGCUCCCGGUCAUCGCCGCCGUCGAGACACUCAACUACCCAUCGUCGGUCGACGAGCAUGCCUCGGUCCUCCGCUCGGCGCUCACGGCGCUCCACGAGGUCUCGCUCCUCGGUGGCGCCUCGGGCCCGCCCGGCCUCGACACGUCGGCAGCAAGCAUCGCGCCAUCACCCAGUGGCGGGCGGCCCAAGUCGCGGGCAGCGAGCUCGCCUAGUCCUGGUCCGCCGCGCGGCCCCGCACCGCUCCCGCCGCCCGCGCUGGUGGGUCAGCUCUACGUCCGCGCCGCCCGUGCCGCUCUUGACCUCACAGCCUAUCCGAUUUCCCUCCUUGCUGCCCGGCGUGGCCUGGUGCUUCUGCUGGGCAGCGACGGCGCACCGGCGCUCGUCGCGCUCGCCCAUAUGGUCAUGGGCGAGGCCACGCUUGGCCUCAUCUCACCACGCCAUCGGCUGUCGCGGCAGAAUCGGGCGCGGACCUUUGCGCUCGAGCAGUUUGUGGCCGCUGCGAGGCUCGGCAAGGCCCACGCCAACCUUGACACGGUCCUCACCGCCGCCACACACUUUUGGAACCUUGUGCCGGCCUUUGUCACCUCGCUCUCGCUUGUCCGGGUCCUUCUCCCGCAGCUUCAGGAGGUCAUCAACUCGCUCCUUGCCUUUGACCGCAGCAUCGCGUCGUUGCAGCUAGUUGUCUCACUCUUUCGCCUCUCGUUUGAGUGCUACGCCCGGCUCGGGAUGUGGGACGACGGACUCUCGGCCGUCGCCGUCUACCUCUCAACUGUCUCGGUCAAGUUCCACGACCUCAUCUGGCGCGAGCGCAUUCUUUUCAAGUCCAAGUCUGGCAAGGACUUGCGGCCAGAACUCUCCAAGAUCAUCGACCUCGAUCCAACCAUUCAGGCCCAGAUCUGGCUGACCCUCGCGCGGGCGGCCUCGCAGCCUGCCGCCCGCAUGGCCGCUUACCACAAGGCCAUUGAGGUCUUUGAGCGAGAGCCGUGGCGCAAGGUCGACAUCUUGGUCGAGUUUGCUCAGUUUCUGUACGAGACGCACGCGGACGGCCUCGAUAUCACUGACGUGCUGGAGGAGGCGGCCGACCUCUUGCUCGACUUGGUCUCUGACGAGCAGCGUGCGCGACGCAACUCGGUGGCAGAGCUGCAUCUGUUCCGACUCGGCUCGAGUGGCGCCAAGUCCGAGAGCCAGCAAGCCCGCGUUCCACCCAAGCUCUCGGCCUCGCAGCUCGAGAUCCUCGGCCGCAUCCACACUAUGCUCCACAUUGUGAGCACCGAUGCCGCCGCCGCUGUCGACUUUGCGCUCAUGGCGCAGCACUUUUUCGAGCAGCUCUAUGCCGCCGCCGCCGACCACGCCCGCGCGCUCCUCGAGGCCCUCGUUGCCGCCUACCCGCAGCUUGCCCCAUCCGACUCGGCCGACCGCGUCGAGGCUGCCGAGUCGGAGCCGCCCAAGGAAAAGGCAAAGGCCAAGUCAAAGGACAAGGACAAGGAGCGCGAAAAGACAAAGGCAAAGGCUCGCAACUCCCGCCGUGCUGCCCUCGAAGCCACGGCGUCGACCUCGUCGUUUGCGCCCGACGCCACUGCAGCCGCAGCCGCUUCGGAAGCCUACGACGCACUUUGCACAGCGCUCGACAAGUUUGGACUUCCCGACUCGGUCUACGGUUGGCUCACCGCGCCGCUCGCCAGUGAGUUUGCAGAUGCGCUCACUGCCGCCGCCGCGGUCCUCGCUGACGUGGGCUCUGCCCCCGGGGGUGCGAGCGGCCUGGCUGCCGGCGACUCGCUCGUCUCGCUCGACGAGGCCGCCACCGCUGCCGACGGCAACAGCGCCGCCUCGCCAGCAGACGCCUCCGCGCACGCUGCGCUGCCUAUUGCUGCGCCGCAGCUGACGUUGUACUACAUCAACGCGCUCAUCGAGUUUCUGGAGCAGGCUGGAUACUCGUUCCACGUGCUCCCGCUCAUCCAUCUCGUCCACCUCCUCGGCUCUGUUGCUGGCGAGUCGCGGGCGUACCUGCAGUGGAACCGCCAGCGGCUUGCCAAGCAGCUGGAGACGCUCAAUCUCGCAGACCUUGCCGCCGAUCUCCGGAUCCGGCCGGUGCAGCUCGCACUCGACAACGCAGUCAAGAUGGAGCACGCCGACGUCAUCCACCAGGAGCGCGAGCUCCGCAAGUUUGCCGAGACCCGCCCAUUGCACUCGGUCCUCAAGUCGUCGAGCCGCAAGACGGGAGACGUCGUCAGCGCUAGCACAAACCGCACGCUCCUUGAGCUCGAGCCGGUCACGCCGAUGCGGUCGGUGUGGGUGCUCAAGGGCGACUCGCUUGCCAGCGAUGGUGCGUACGACCUUGCGGUCCCGCUCUACAACGCUGCCCUCGAUCACGCUCGCGCCUUUGGGGACGAGCUUGUGCUUGGGCUCGCCUACAAUGGGCUUGCCCGCGUUGCCCUCGCCCGUGCCCGCAUCCUCGGCACCUGCGGCUCGGGCCCAAACGCCCGGACCCAGCUCAAGACUGCCGACAAGGAAGACGGCGUCGCCUCCGACUUUAUCGACCAGGGUAUCGAGUACGCGAUGCUUGCUCGCGGCACGGCUGGUACAGCCAAGUUCUGGCUGGACAACUCGACGCUGCUGGCAGACUUGCUAUGCGAGGCCGCCCCGUCGCCGCGGUUUGCCGAAGCGCUCGCCAUUCUCGGCGAGACCGUCGACAUCCUCACCGAGGCCUCACGGGGCGUCCAAGCCGGAAAGGCCCUCCUUGACACCGCCAUUGCGCUUGUCCGCCGGCACGAGGGCAGAGUCCACCUCGCCGCUGCGCUCACUGCCGACUCGGGCUCGCCAGACCCGGCCCGGCUCGAUGCUGCACUUGCCGCCUUUGACGACGCAGUUGUCCUGCUCAAGGCGCUCGGCGGUGCGCAUGCGCUCCUCGCACACACGCUUGUCGAGUAUGCGCAGGUGCUGCAGCUCAAGUCGGGGACGAGCCUUGGCCAGUUUGAGGCCGUUGGCAAGGUGCUGGAGGAGGCCGAGGCUCAGGCAGCGGCGUGGUACGCCGCGGUCUCGGUCCAGGCCAGCGGUCCGCUCGCGGUCCGGGUCUCGCUCCCGGCCGCCCGCGCGCUGGCCGAGCUCAAGCUCGCUCUCGGCAAGACGCUCGUGUCCAUUGUCGGCCUUCGCCCAUCGCCCGAAGACGCGUACGCCGACUUUCCGACGGUGGUCGCAAAGUACUUGCUUGAGACGAUGGAGCUCGAGACGCCCGAGCAGAUCCUGCCGGCCCAGGAGCGGGCACUCAUCCACAUGUCGUCGGCAUACAACCUGGCGCCGGUCCCGGGCCUCGCCUCGCGCGCUGCUCUCUGCCUCGGUCGCACCCUACUUGACAUUGCUGUCCGCCGCGGCUACCUCAUCCUUCAGUGGGGCGAGCCCGAGUCGGACGACGACGACGAGUCGGAUCUCGACCGCUCGAGCUCGAACUCGUCAGCUGACGAGAGCGAAGAGCAGUCUGAUGACGGCGACGGCGACGGCGACGACGACGAUGCUGAUGACGACGAAGAUGACGACAACGACGACGAAGGCGACGAAGGCGACGAUGGCGACGACGACGACAAUGACGACGACGAUGACGACGAUCCUGUCGACAGCAAUGGCCGCCGCGUGGUACGUAAGAUGGACGCGUCGAUUCGUGUCCUCGCUCGCGAGCAGGAACACCUGUACCUGGUCGACCAGGCCGCUCAGUACCUCAAGCUUGCCGUGGUGGGCGCGCUGGCGGCGGAAGCAUGGGAGGUUGCGCGCGAGGCGUGCCUCCACCUUGUGCAUCUGCAUGGCGUGCUUGAUCCGGAGGCGUGUGCCCUGUUUUGCCUCCUCGCGCAGUGCGUCGAGGUGCGGAUGCAGGCCGAAGAGCUUGUAGUGGCAGCUGCCGACGUCCGCGACCCGAACGCGAUGCUGCUGCGGCAGCGGCAGGAACAGCGGAAGCACUCGCUGAUCGGCACUGUUCCGCCGCUGGCCGAGCACGAUGCAGUCGCGGCCGCACUUGGGCGGCAGAGCGAGUCGUGGCGGGCGCUAGAGCUCUCGGUCGAGAACCUUGAUUUGUUUGGGCCGCCGGCCAAUGCUCUGGCGCGGAUGCUAGAGCCGCUCGGCAACAGCUUGCUCGUUGUGGCGCAUGUCGGCUCGCUCGACGGCGUUUGGCUGUACUCGGUGGUCGCCGCCGCCGGCGGCGGCUCGCGGGCGAGGGUGGUGCGGAGCAAGCGGAGCGGCGCGCAGCUGUUGGCGGCCGAAAAGGCAUGUGCCGCGCUCGACUUACAUCUGCGGCGUGGCCUUCUCAAGGAAGACAACGAGUUCCACCUGGCUACGCCCGGUCCGGCUCAGAGCGAGGCAGCGGCCGCGCCCGAGCCGGUAGCCAAGUCCUCGGGUGCAUCGGGCUCGGCGCGGGGCUCGGGCUCCUCGCGAAGCCGUCGGUCGCGGACAAGCGCACCCAGUGCGGCAGCGGACAAGGGCGAGAAAGCGCCUGCCGCUGCAGUUGUGGACCCGAUCAAGGUUGUGCGGGCGAUGGCAAGCGGCCGGGUAAGCAACCCGCAGGCGUCCGCCGACGAAAAGGCGUGGAGCGAGCUGCUUGACGCGCUCAACGCGUGGUCACUGGAGAGCGGUCUUGUGGCUGCCGUCCACGAGGCGUGCGUCCAUCGGACGUGUUCGACGUUUGAGAGCGUGGUAGUGUUGGCGCCCGAGGCGCUGUCGAUGCUGCCAUGGGAGGCGUUGGCGGUGUUUAGCGCGCUCCCGCUCCUCUGCGACGAGGUGGCGGCACUCGGUACCGUCGGCGUUGCACGCGAGUUCUCGGUCGGGCUCUUGCUCGCGGCGCUGAGGUCGCCGAUCCUCGGCGCAGAGGUCGAGACCAGCGCCGGAGCUGGGCUAACGACAGGAUCAUCAGGAUCGCGGCGGAGCGGCAGUGUGGCGGGCGGGCCGCGAGGGAGUGUCGACAAAAACUCGGUGACGUAUGUUGUCGACCCACUCAACGAGCACCACGUACACGAGGCCUUGCUGCCCGCUGCCGCGCGUGACUCGAGUCCGCCAGCAGUACCGGCGGCGACGCCCAAGUCGGCCGUGCCGCCGCGGCUGGCCGGGAUGCGGGCAGCGUCACGGGCUGUGUCGCGGGCGGGCGAGAGCGGCAGCAGCGGCGGGUGGACUGACGUGGCGAUGACAGUCAUGUGCGACGGCUGGCGCGAGGCUUUGGCGAGCCACGGGCAGACGACGCGGGCGUGGUCCGGCGUCCUCGGCGAUGAAGCCGGUGUCGGCGUCGAGCAGUGGCAGAGACUGCUGGUGCAACACGCCGAUGGCGCGUUUGUCUACUCGGGCCUUGGCAGUAUGUUCUCGUACCUACCGCUGUCGGCAGUGCUCUCACUCAACCUCUCAUCGCUCCAUGCGGCCAUCCUGCUCGACCAGGUCCGAACCGAAGAGUCGCUUCUCCGCGAGCGGCAGGCGCUGCUGCGGACAGCAAAGGCAGCUGAGCGGCGCGCUCUCAAGUCGCCGUACCUCGCUGCACUCGCACUGCGCAUCACCGGCAUCUCGUGCGUUGUCACCAACGCGCGGAGCACGGCGUACCCGCCAACCACGCUCUCCUCGUCUCGCUCCUCCGCUCGCUACCAUCGCGUCCGCUCGCCCGGCGGGGCCAAGGCCGGCACCCCCAACGAGGAUCCCCGGAGCUGGAAGGCGGCGCUGCUCCACAGCGCUGUGGUGUAUGGCUGGGCCGGCUGGGGCUGGAAGUGA